AUGAGUCAGCCACCGACGGGGGGCGCUGCCCCUGCCACAGCCGCAGCCUCUGCCGCCACAGCUGCCACUGAGGCUCGCUUGCACCCGGAGGGCAGCAGCAGAAAGCAGCAGCGUGCUCAGUCACCCGCUAGACCGAGGGACAAUUCGGUGCGACAGACCACCGCGGCCACCCGGUCCCCGGUAGGGGCUGGCACUAAACUCAAUCCUAUUCGACAGCAGCAGCUGCAGCAGCAGCAGGGCAACAAGACCGGGAGCCGCACGGCGCCUCCGGCCAGCGCCCGAGGAAGCGGAGGAGGGGCGGAGAAGGCCGCGCCCCUGGCGCCCAAGGGGGCCGCGCCGGGAGCUGUCCAGUCCUUGGCUGGUGCUGAAGCGGCCCCCGUGGCGACCCUGGCCCCGGUGGGUGUCAGGAGGCCUGGCGCGUCGGCGGAGCCGCCCCGGGAGCUAGAGCCCGCGUCCUCUAAACUCGGGGAACCCCCUCCGCUCGGAGAAGGAGGAGGAGGGGGUGGGGAAGGAGGAGGAGCCGGCAGCGGCUCUGGGGAAAGGGAGGGGGGCGCUCCGCAGCCGCCGACGCCGCCGCCGCCCAGGGGCUGGCGAGGGAAAAGCGUACGCGCUCAGCCGAGGGGCGGCAGCGGCGCGGAGGGGGCCUCCACCUCGCCAUCCACCUCCUCUGCGGGCAAAACCCCAGGCUCCGGCAGCAGAAACUCCGGGAUUGGCGUUGUGGGGCCUGGCAGCGGUGGCGGAGGGAGCUACUGGAAGGAAGGAUGUCUGCAGUCUGAGCUCAUCCAGUUCCAUCUCAAGAAAGAGCGGGCGGCGGCGGCGGCGGCGGCCGCGGCUCAGAUGCACACUAAGAACGGCGGCGGCGGCAGCAACCGCAGCUCUCCGGUCGCUGGCGCCCCUACCAUUUUUGAGCCCCUCGCAGUCCCUUCCACCUCCCCAAUGGCGGCGGCAGCAGCAGAGGGACCCCAACAGGGCGCAGAGGGCAGCGCGAGCGGCGGCGGCGGCAUGCAGGCAGCGGCGCCCCCUUCGUCGCAGCCGCACCCGCAGCAGCUCCAGGAGCAGGAGGAAAUGCAGGAGGAGAUGGAGAAGCUGAGGGAGGAAAACGAGACUCUCAAGAACGAGAUCGAUGAACUGAGGACCGAGAUGGACGAGAUGAGGGACACUUUCUUCGAGGAGGAUGCCUGUCAACUGCAGGAAAUGCGCCACGAGUUGGAGAGAGCCAACAAAAACUGCCGGAUCCUGCAGUACCGCCUCCGCAAAGCCGAGCGCAAACGGCUCCGCUACGCGCAGACCGGGGAAAUCGACGGGGAGCUGUUGCGCAGUCUGGAGCAGGACCUCAAGGUAGCAAAGGAUGUAUCUGUGAGACUUCACCAUGAAUUGGAAAAUGUGGAAGAAAAGCGAACAACAACAGAAGACGAAAAUGAGAAACUGAGGCAACAGCUUAUAGAAGUUGAGAUAGCAAAGCAAGCUCUGCAGAAUGAACUGGAAAAAAUGAAGGAGCUAUCUUUAAAGAGAAGAGGAAGCAAAGAUUUGCCAAAAUCUGAAAAGAAGGCUCAACAGACUCCCACAGAGGAGGACAAAGAAGAUCUGAAAUGCCAGCUGCAGUUCGUGAAGGAAGAAGCUGCUUUGAUGAGAAAGAAAAUGGCCAAGAUUGAUAAGGAAAAGGACAGAUUCGAACACGAGCUCCAGAAGUACAGAUCCUUUUAUGGGGAUCUGGACAGUCCUCUGCCUAAAGGAGAAGCCGGGGGGCCUCCCAGCACCAGAGAGGCUGAGCUCAAGCUGCGGCUGAGGCUGGUGGAGGAAGAAGCCAACAUCCUGGGCAGAAAAAUCGUCGAACUGGAGGUGGAGAACAGAGGCCUGAAGGCGGAACUGGACGACCUGAAGGGCGACGACUUUAACGGCUCGGCCAACCCCCUCCUGAGGGAGCAGAGCGAAUCCCUGUCGGAGCUGCGGCAGCACCUGCAGCUGGUGGAAGACGAGACGGAGCUGCUGCGGAGGAACGUGGCCGACCUGGAGGAGCAGAACAAGCGCAUCACGGCGGAGCUCAACAAGUACAAGUACAAGUCGGGCGGCCACGAGAGCGCGCGGCACCACGACAGCGCCAAGACCGAGGCCCUGCAGGAGGAGCUGAAGGCGGCUCGCCUGCAGAUCAACGAGCUCAGCGGCAAGGUCAUGCAGCUGCAGUACGAGAACCGCGUGCUCAUGUCCAACAUGCAGCGCUACGACCUGGCCUCGCACCUGGGCAUCCGCGGCAGCCCCCGCGACAGCGACGCCGAGAGCGAUGCGGGCAAGAAGGAGAGCGACGACGACUCGCGGCCGCCGCACCGCAAGCGCGAAGGGCCCAUCGGCGGCGAGAGCGACUCGGAGGAGGUGCGCAACAUCCGCUGCCUCACGCCCACCCGCUCCUUCUACCCGGCGCCCGGGCCCUGGCCCAAGAGCUUCUCUGACCGGCAGCAGAUGAAGGACAUCCGCUCGGAGGCCGAGCGCCUGGGCAAGACCAUCGACCGGCUCAUCGCCGACACCAGCACCAUCAUCACCGAGGCGCGCAUCUACGUGGCCAACGGGGACCUGUUCGGACUGAUGGACGAGGAGGACGAUGGCAGCCGCAUCCGCGAGCACGAGCUGCUCUACCGCAUCAACGCGCAGAUGAAGGCCUUCCGCAAGGAGCUGCAGACCUUCAUCGACCGCCUCGAGGUGCCCAAGUCCGCGGACGACGCCGGCGCCGAGGAGCCCAUAUCCGUGAGUCAGAUGUUCCAGCCUAUCAUUUUACUUAUUCUCAUUCUUGUAUUAUUUUCAUCACUUUCUUACACAACAAUAUUUAAACUUGUCUUCCUUUUUACACUGUUUUUUGUACUGUAA